CUCUCCGUAGCGGUAACAGCGACCAGCAACAUCGACGAGUAGAGGUGGAACGAAUCUGUGUGUGUGUGCGUGCGGAACGCACGGGGACCAGGUUUGUCGCGGCGGUUACUUUGACGCUCGUGUGUCCAGCUCUUAGGCUCGUGUCCUUACGUCUCGCGUCGCGAUUGUAAACUGACAGAGGAUCGAUGUCUUAUCGCGCGCAUUCCACGAACAAAAAUAGUUUUCCGCGCGAUUCGACAUCGAUAUAUCCGAGUAGAUACGAGUCGUCCUCUCGAUUUCCGAUCAAAUCCACAUGCGAUCGCAUAUAAAAACGCUGGCGAUUCUCCAACGCGCUAGAUUCUACGCGCGCGUAUUUUAGCAAGGAUCUCCGACCGUAAUAAAGGAUCUCGCCAAAGACAGGGUGAAGAAGGCGCGUCGCGCGCGUCAAUUGUCAAUUUUUCGGAGAUUUUUUAAUAUCGCGGAGAACGUGGCACGUGGACGCGUUGAGAGACGCGAGGACGACGACACCUUUCAAGAUCGUCGGCCAUGGCGACUUCCCAGGAUCUGGAGGACGACUGGUCCACGCUCUGCCAUGACACCGACAGUUGGACGCAAAGCGAUCUUCAAUUGGCGGCGGAGCUCGGCAAGACUCUGUUGGAACGGAAUAAGGAGUUGGAGAACAUUAUCAAGCUGCACCAAGCUACCGUAGAGGAGCAAACGCAGGAGAUCGAGUACAUGAAAAAACAAACCGCUGCUCUAAGAGAAGUGAACAAUACACGCUUGAAAGUCUACGAGCAACUGGAAGUUAGCGUACAAGAUUUGGAACGUGCGAAUCAUCACCUGGUGAUCGAGAACACGAGCGACAAAAAACUGAUUAAGAGCCAAUCCGUGACUAUCGAGAAUCUGGAAAUAAGAUGCGAGGAACUUCAAAAGAAGAUUGACGACUUGACCGGACAGCUACGUCAACGUGCUGCGAGUCCGACUAGGAGUAAUAAUGUGCAGCAACAGCAACAGCAACAGAAUAUCAAUUGGGAAACUUCGGAUACGCAAGGUGGUAGCGAGAAACAGAGAGCUGCCCCGAGCUCGCCGAAGUCCUCUCAGGAGACUGUCAUCGCGACCACAGCGAGUGACCGCGAAGAAGAAAUAACCGAGUUGCUGAGGCAAUUGCAGGAGGCCCGUAGCCAAAGAGCCAGAGAGCAGACGAAGGUUUCCGAGCUCAGUCAGCAGUUGACCACUUUGUUGCAGGAGAAUAGCGCUCUGGAGGAACAGUUGACAGAUAUGCGUAAUAAAGUGCAGGAUGUCAAGAGCCUGCAGGAUGAAAUAAACACAUUAGAAGAAGUCAGACGAGGUCAAUUGUGCGGGCGAUGUUUGCGCGGUAUGGAUACGAGAACACACGACGAGCUCUCCAUCAUGCUGGAUCAGGAGGAGUACGAUGACAUAAGCGUGGCCGAGUCGUUAAUCAGUGAGACUCAGCGCGAUUCUGAGCAAACAGUGCAGGAAACAGACACCAAGAACGAGUGUACGGAUGAGUUGGACAGCGCGAACCCUUAUCGAGUCUUGGUGGAGAAAUAUCAGGCCUUGUUGGAAGUGCAGAGACACUGUCAGCCGCGUCGUAAAGACGCGCCCAAUCCCGCGUGCAUGUCGUUGCAGGAGGAGCUGGAGAUGUCCGGAGAGUUUAACAAUUUCUAUUCCGCCGAGAACGCUGUUGCCACUGGUCCAGAAUCAAACAAGAUCGCUUCGCGAUCCAAAGCGUCCGACAACUCAGGCAAGAAACCCUUUUCAGCCACCCCGACAGAUUUCUCCGAAGCUGAGACGUCGUCCUCAGGCUUCUCAGAUGAGACGAGCAACAAGGCGACGCAGACGGACGGCAGGCCGGGCUCGUUCCUGUGCUCCAUCGCCGAUGGCGAAGACUGCAAGUUCAGCAUUUACGAUGACAAUAGUCCGUUCGAGAGCAGGUUCCGCAAAACGCCCGAGUAUCGGCAAUUGUUCAGCGAGAUCUUCGGCGUCCUGAAGCGAGCGGCCGAGGCAAAGGACGAGGGUGAAAAAUUGCCGUUGUUGGACGAAUCCACUACGUCUCAGACAACGUACGAGACAUCGUUUCAGGAAGAUCUGCAGAGUGAGGCGACGGACGAUAAUCAAAGCGUCAUGUCGUCCAUGGUGUCAUCGGUGGUGUCGGAACCGGUCUUCAGCCGAGUGCAAUCUGCUUGCAGCCCACCAAGCGCCAAGAAUGACCAACAAUCCGACAACAAAUCCGGUGCAAAACAGUCCGAUGGCAAGGAUGCAGGUUGCAGGAUGGACUAUGUGUCUGUCAACUUGCGUAUGCGUAAAAAGUCCUCGGCGAAGAAAAACUUCGGCGGCAAGAGAGCGCACUACAACGAUCGCUCGACCACGCCGGAUGUCAUCCCUACGACGAAUCCGAAAUUCGUACCUCCCAAGCCAAACAGUGGACGAAGGAGGUUCAAGCCGUUCAAUCCGGCCGAGCACGAGCACUCGGAGACAUGGAACGGUCAGCACAAUGCGACGACAACGCGACCGAGGGACAACAACAGGAGACAACAGCACGCAUGUACGCGAGGAUCGAGCGAGCAGCAGCAGCCGCACAACAAUUACGAGUACAGAGAUUUCAAGCCUAGCACGGCGUCCGAAGAGGUGGCACGAUUAAAGCGGUUGGAGAUGUCUUACGCGGAGGUCCUUCGCACGCCGAACAAUAAGUCCCGAAACAACAAUCAUCAUCAUCAUCAUCAUCAUCAUCGUAGGAGUUAAACAGGAUGACUAUGAAUAGACGGAGUGAAGCGAAGGAAAGCAAGAUGUAGAGUUUUAUAUUUGAAUUUCGAUUAUAUCUCUCUUCUUCUCUCUCGGACUAGGAUAGAUCCCCGCGCGUUUGAUCCACAUUAUUCAUUCCAGGAUGAAGAUUCAGUAUUGUUUUGUACUUGUAAAUAUUCGAUGACGCGGACGUGUAGCGUGACAAUGAUUUUUGUAGGCACUAAUUAACACGUCGGCGUUAGCUUUAAGUUUCGACAUUUCGUAUAUCUCCCCAUUGUAUAUCGCCUUCCUUCCAUACGACGAGAUGGCGAAUAUUGAGCGCUAUUACGGUGCCGUACAUAUGUUUACGGAGAAGAAAAAAAAAACUUAUUUAUGUGCCAUUUACUACACGUGUCAAAAUCCGACUUCUAACUCGAAAACUGCUCGUACCACUCUUCCCGAUGCCUACUCCCCUCUCCCUACCCCUUCUCCGGAGAGGAGAUAAUCCUUACAAUUAGUGCAUGUCAGCAGCAUGCUCGCGAUGUUAGCUUUUGUAUUUUGUAGUUGAAUAUAUUGUGAUGAUGAUGUUGUACGUAUAUAAAUAAAUUCUUUAUCGUAUCACAAA